AUCAAAUCCCAACAGAGCGAAGUAACCAGAAUCCUCGAUGGGAAAAACAUCAAGUACGAGCUGGUGGAUAUCUCCCAGGACAAUGCUCUCCGGGAGGAGAUGAGGGCGAAGGCGGGCAACCCCAAAGCCAUCCCACCCCAGAUCGUCAAUGGAGACCACUACUGCGGGGAUUAUGAGCUCUUCGUGGAAGCGGUGGAGCAAAACACUCUGCAGGAGUUCCUGAAGCUGGCCUGAGCCCUGAGCUCCCCUCCUGUCCUGGACUCUACCUGCAUUCCUGAGCACCCUCAUCUCCGACCACCUUCACUUCCAGGUUGUCAGCGCUGUCCUGGCACUGUGACCUGUAUCCCGGCAUAGGGAAACCCAUGACCAAAACUACUCAUUGCAGCUGCCUACGAUUCCCUCCUGCCUAAACCCUGAUAUCAUCUCAGAGGGAUCCAAAGAAAGUCUGACGCUUGCUGCGCACGGCCUUCGAAUGAAGCUGGGCCUGGCUCACACCGCAGCUUCCAGUGCCUCUGUAAACAGCAAAGCCUCUGGGGCUGUGCGAAGUGCGGCCGGCCGUCAGCCCUCUCCUCCGCAGGGAGAGCUCCUGCUUCAGCAGGGGGGGGGCUUAGGGUUGCGUGUUACUUCCCACUUCUCCCAGUUGCUGUUAAAAUUGUAAAUCUGCUGCCUCACUUCCCCUUUUUUUU